AUGAAAAAAUGUAGACUCGAUUGCUUAGAUAAGUAAAACCUCAUCGAUAAAGAGAAAUAGUUUAGACUUUUGAUGAUUUUUUGUCCUUUUGGUUUCACUCUAAUAUUGUCUAUCCUUUUAUAUAUUCUUUUGAUGGGGUUUAAUACAAUUUUCCCUAUGAUAAACGAUCUUGAAAGCUAUGUUUUAAAUAAAGAAAUUCAGCUUCUAAAGAUGCAAUUAUAUAUGGAAAAGGUGAAGUAACAAAUGUCUUUCUCUAGAAUAUAAAGUUUCACAUAAGUUUUGGCAGGUUUUACUUAAAAUGUUAUAUUACAAUCUAGCUUUGAAUAAGUAGUUUCAUGGCAAGAUUUAAGCACAGAAAAUUUUAUAACAAAGCCAGAUAGUUUUAAUAAGACUAAUUUUCUUGUUUCAGGUGAGUAUAUGCUAGAUAAUUUUUGCAGCUUAAGAGAACAACUAUGCUAAAAUGACUCAUAUUGCUAAUCAUAAUAUGAUUACUAUUUCAAUUAAUAUGAAUAAAUUUUAGGCAAUAUUACCUAUAAUUAAUCAUAGUAUGUAGGGUGGAACUAGGAUAACUCGACAAGUUGGGAAGAUUUAUCAAAGGAUUAAAAAAAAUUUAUUAUAUUAAGUUCUUUUCUUAGGUCAAUCGUUUAUUCUAUCACUCAAAAUAGAAUUUAAGAAGAUUUACAAAUAACUGAAGUUUAUUAUGCAAGAAAUUAGGACUCUUUAGCACUUUUUUAUGGGUUCGGGCUACUAAGUAUGUCUUCAAUUAAUAAUUAGUAAUUUGGAGGUCCUUUUUCUUGCUAAAAAAUAAAUGGUGAAUACUAAAGGUAUAAAUAUAAAACUAUUGAUUAGUUUAAUGGAUUCUAAUACUAUGAUUUCAAUAACUAAUACUGUGGUAAUUAAACUCAAAAUCAACAUUGCUUCUGCAAAUAUAAUAAUUACAAAAGAAUUUAUCCAGUUGAUUGGAGAUGUAGACCUUGGUUUAUUAGCAGUAACUCUUCAUAUACAGCUUCCUUUGCAGAUCCUUUUAUCAAUUUGAGGAAUAAUUAAUUAAUGAACACUUGUUCAUAUAAAAUAAUUGAUUAGGCUUAAUAUCCCAAUAUCAGUAAUGAAAGUUAAUAAGAAAUAGAUGCUCAUUCAAUUGUUACAGUAUAAUUUGACUUUACUAGAUUAAAGCUAAAUGAUAAUCUUACUGAUAAAGAUGGAAAUAUUUAUGGCUAUUAAUAUAUUAUAGCUCCUAAGUAAUUUAAUAAUGAUGGUCUUUCAGGUUAUUACUAAUAUACUGCUAUGUCUCAUCCAUAUUUAGAUUUAACGAAGAAAACUUCAAUUAUAGAGCUAGAGUAUGAAAAUUCAAUAAACAAAUAAGAAGAAAUAGCUAAUUUUAUUUAAAAUACUCCUUUUUUGCUGAAUACAAAUCUUAAAAAAAAAAGCUGUGAAGGAAUAUUUAAUGUUUAAAAUGAUCAAGAUAUAAUAAGUAUGAAAAAAAAUGGAACUUAAUAUGAGUAUAUAUUUACAGAAAUUGAAAUAUGUUCAGGUAAUUUAAUUGAAUAAAAUUCUUUGAUAGUUGGUUAUUUAUCUAGAGCUGUAGAAACUAACUAUGCCAAAAGAUAUACUAUAGAUAAUGCAGUCAUUAGUAUAUAAAAAAAGGUUGCAAGCUAUUUAAAUGCAGAUUCUUCCAACUUAUUAGAUAAACAAAAGGCUUUAGAUACAUUAAAAUAAGGCAUUCGUGAUUACUAAAUAUUUUAGCACUAAGAAGGAAUUGGAAUGUGCUGCAAUAAUAUAGCUAGCAUAUUGAUGAUUGAAUAAAAAUAUUAAGAAUCAUUAUUCUACAUGUAAAAGGCUUAUAUUUUAUAAGAGCACAUUUUUCAAAAGAAAAUACCAUAAAAUAAUAUGAAUUUUAAAGAUAUAGUUCUAAAAAUAUGUAAAACAGUUCAUGAAAAAAAUUUUAUGCAUAUAUUUGCAUGCAGAAAACUUUAAUUAGCAAAUAUUAUAAAUUUGAUAUGUGAGAGUGAGAAUUUAGAUACUUUCAAUUACUUUAAUGACCAUUUUGUUUUAGAAAAAGUGAGAAAGAACUCAAGUGUCAACCAAUUUAGGAGAAGUCAUUAGAAAAUAACUUAUUUUGAAUCUCCUUUGUCUGAAAAAUCUUAAAAAAAUAUUCUAGUUGAUUUAGAAGAAAAGUACUAUUAACAGAGAGAUGUUCUUUUCGGAAAAAUUUUAUAUCAAACAACUAAUGAGCAAUAAUCAGAUAGAGGAAGACCAAGAAGAUUAGAUGAAACAACUAGAAAGGUUACUGAAAGAUAAAAAGUCAUUGUUGACUUAAGCUAAAGAUCUGCUUUAUGA